AUGCUACGUUUUAAAAUGUUUCCCAACUCCCUGACCUCAAUUCCUCUGAAGAACCUUCACCUUUUCACACGACACUCCUCAGAAGCCCUUUCCACCACAAACACGCCAAUAUCAAACUCCGAACCCAUUUCGAAUCUGUCGCGAGAUCAUGUCUUGGAGACCCUCUUGAGCCACAAGGCCCACCCCAAAUCCGCUUUGUUGUUUUUCAAAGGAGUUGAGAGAAAACAGGGAUUUCUGAAAACCGUUGACGUUCUCUGUUUGUUGCUUCAGAUUCUUGCUUCUUGUCCUGACACUUAUGAAGAUGCUAAGUAUUUGCUCAAUAACUAUGUCUUUGGAGAUUCAGCUCCUGCUGCAAGGGUGCUUGUGGAACACUUGGUGGAGUGUGCGGAAAGGUACCGUUUUGAAUCUGAUUCGCGGGUUUUCAAUUAUCUGUUGAAUAGUUAUGUUAGAGCUAAUAAGAUCAGAGAGGCUGUUGAGUGUUUUAGAACCAUGUUAGAUCAUGAUGUGCUCCCCUGGGUUUCAAUCAUGAACAUACUUUUGACUGCAAUGGUUAGGAGAAAAAUGGUCGACGAUGUGCGCAGCGUGUAUGAUGAAAUGUCUGAGAGAAAAAUCUUUGGUAAUCGCUAUACCCUGCAUGCUUUAAUGCGCGCCUGUUUGAAAGGAGGGAUGUUUGAGGAGGCUGAGAGGCAUUUCAGAGAGGCUACUUGUAGAGGGUUGGAACUUGAUGCAGCUGCGUAUAGUAUUGUCAUUCAGGCUGCUUGUAAGAGGCCGAAAUUUAGUUUGGCUUGUAAGCUGUUGAAGGAGAUGAGAGAGUUGGGCUGGGUGCCAUCAGAGGGUACAUAUACGUCUGUGAUUGGUGCUUGUGUCAAGCAGGGAAAUUUUGUGGAGGCGUUGAGGCUUAAGGAUGAGAUGGUGAAUAGCGGUAUGCCUGUGAACGUAAUUGUUGCAACAAGCUUGAUGAAAGGGCAUUGUAAGCAAGGGGAUGUGAAUAGUGCAUUGCAGUUGUUUGAUGAGAUUGUUGAGGCUGGGGUUACUCCCAAUGUGGCUAUUUUCUCAGUUUUGAUAGACUGUUGCUCUAAGAUUGGGAAUAUGGACAAGGCAAACGAACUUUACACUAGGAUGAAACUCAUGAACAUCCAACCCACUGGCUUUAUUAUAAAUUCUCUGUUAAAAGGGUUCCAGAAACAGAAUUUGCUAGAAAAUGCAUAUAGAUUGCUUGAAGAGGCAGUUGAUAAUGGAAUUGCUGAUGUUGUGUCAUAUAACAUUCUUUUACAUGGACUCUGUGAAUUGGGUAAGGUUAAUGAGGCUUGUCAUCUGUGGGACAAGAUGAUUGGUAAGGGUAUUGCACCUUCGCUGGUUUCUUACAACAACAUGAUACUUGGUCACUGCAGAAAAGGAUGCAUGGAUGAUGCAAAUAGUGUGAUGAAUUGUAUUCUCAAAAGUGGUUUAAAACCGAAUGCCAUUACGUACACUAUUUUGAUGGAUGGAUUUUUCAUAAAGGGUGAUUGUGAGCGUGCAUUUAAUGUGUUUGAGCAAAUGGUGGCUGCAAAUAUUGCUUCCACAGAUUUCACAUUUAACACCAUUAUAAAAGGCUUGUGUAAAGUUGGCCGGGUUUCUGAGACAAAGGAUAAGUUGAAUGCUUUUGUCGAGCAGGGUUUUAUUCCCACUACUAUGACAUAUAAUUGCAUCAUAGAUGGAUUUAUGAAGGAAGGUGCAAUUGAUUCUGCAGUGUCUGCCUACAAGAAGAUGUGUGAGAGUGGAAUUUUGCCAAAUGUUAUCACUUACACUACUUUGAUUAAAGGAUUUUUCAAAAGUAACAAGAUUGAUCUUGCUUUGAAAAUGCACAAUGAGAUGAAAAACAAGGGUUUGGAAUUGGAUAUUAUUGCAUAUAGUGUUCUAAUUAAUGGUUUCUGCAAAAUGAAAGACAUGGAAAAUGCAUGCAAAUUCUUCUCUGAACUUAUGGAUGUUGGUUUGACUCCAAACGCAAUUGUUUAUAACAGCAUGAUUAGUGGCUUUAGAAAAUUGGAUAAUAUGGAAGCAGCACUUAACUUGCACAAGAAAAUGGCAAAGAUUCCAUGUGAUUUACAAAUAUACACCUCACUGAUUGGUGGACUUUUAAAAGAGGGAAAAUUGAGUUUUGCUUUAGAUCUUUACUCAGAGAUGCUUUCCAGCGGUGUUGUGCCUGAUAUCUUCUUCUACGCUGUUCUGAUAAAUGGACUCUGUAACCAUGGAUCACUAGAAAAAGCAGGCAAGAUUCUUAAGGAAAUGAAUGGGAAUAAUAUUACUCCUACUGUUCUUGUUUAUAACACUUUAAUUGCCGGCCACUUUAGGGAGGGAAAUCUUCAAGAGGCUUUUAGACUGCAUGAUGAGAUGCUUGAUAAAGGUCUAAUGCCUGACAACACUACAUUUGAUAUUCUGGUAAAUGGAAAGUUAAAGAGAACCUAUACUCCAGUUCAAGAGUGAUUCACACAAAAAGAUUAUGUAACAUUCAGCUUAAGAAUUCCUCUGCAAAUGAGUCUUUCAGAAAGUUAUUGAAUGGUUUCAAAUCGAUCUCAACUUCCAUUGUUGAUGAAAUUUCCUUGGCAAUUUCAUCAUGAUUUCUUU